GACUUACCGCACUGUAUCCAUCUUCGACCUCAACAGCUGCACGGAGACAAGAUGACCAAGCGCACUAAGAAGGUCGGUAUCACGGGUAAAUAUGGUACCAGAUACGGUGCCUCCCUGCGUAAGCAGGUGAAGAAGAUGGAAGUGUCCCAGCACGCCCGCUACGUCUGCACCUUCUGCGGUAAGAACACCGUCAAGCGCCAGGCUGUUGGUAUCUGGGAGUGCAAGGGUUGCAAGAAGACCGUCGCCGGUGGUGCUUACACCGUCUCCACCCCCGCCGCCGCUGCCACCCGCUCCACCAUCCGUCGUCUCAGGGAAAUCGCGGAGGUUUAAGUGUCACGAUGGGAUUUUCUUUAUCUUACGUUUGAAAUAAAAAAUAGCGAAAUUCAAGAUCUGGAAAGCUCCCAAGGGCUCCUCGUUACGAAUACCCAGCCAUUAUCUGGACCGAAUGGUACUUAACCAAUAGACACAAAUAUAACCCGUGAUCUCAGGUCUUCUACAAAUAAGACUCCGUAUCAGCUAUCCCACAUCUACCAU